GGCUGGAGCCUUACCGUAAAUCGCCUCCAACCUGUUUGGGAAAAUGGCGAGAAGUCGUCUAUUUAAUUGAGUUGCUAGAAAGAAAAAGAAAAGGUUGACAGUCUGCAUUUGUUUUGUUCUUCCUCAAGACGUUUCGAGAGAAUGGCAGAAAAAUUCGAUAACUUAGAGGAGCAUUUGGAGAAAUUCAUAGAAAACAUCCGACAGCUGGGGAUUAUCGUCAGUGACUUCCAGCCUAGCAGCCAAGCCGGCCUCAACCAAAAACUGAAUUUCAUGAUUACUGGAUUACAGGAUAUUGACAAAUGUCGACAGCAGCUACAUGAUAUUAAUGUGCCCCUGGAAGUGUUUGAAUAUAUUGACCAGGGCCGCAAUCCUCAACUAUAUACAAAAGAAUGUUUGGAAAGAGCCCUAGCAAAGAACGAACAGGUCAAAGGAAAAAUUGAUACUAUAAGGAAAUUCAAAAGUCUUCUUAUCCUGGAACUUGGCAAAGUAUUUCCAGAAGAGAUGUCCAAAUACAAAGCUUUACGUGGCGAGGACUCCCCUUCAUAGUCUGUAUAGUUCCCAAGAGUUUGGUGAAUGUGUUUGAUAUCAUGUUUUGUAAAUAAAAUGUUUUUUUGUGUUUUUUCCAA